AUGAUCUUAGCAGUAAAUUACCUAGGCAAACUGAAUCCAUCAGGUGUCGAUAUGGCCGAUCACGAUCAUUCAACCAUGGGUAGUGGAGGACCUGUUUCACCUGGUCCAUAUGUUGAUGCAGCAGCGACGAUAAUGCCGAGGAAUUCUGGACCAUUCUCUUGCCCUACGAAGGAGAGGGAAUUGAGAGAAUCACAUUCAACCAACCCAUUCGCGAGUUUGGCAAACUCCAUGAAUACCUUCAAGUUUGUGGCAAUUCUCAGCGCGUUUUUCCGAAGUCUAAAACCUGCAUCUGUCUUUGGAAGAUGCGGGAGCAUUGUUGGUAGAUCCAGUCGGAUCCUGGCUGCAAUGGCCGGUUUUGCUGUGACCUGCGUAGCACUAUGGACGGCGAUUUGUGCGAUGGAGGAUAGCCGAAAGGCUUUAAGGUUGGCUGAGUGGACGGCGAAGAAAGAGUUCUUGGAGUUCUGCCAGACAGUGAGCCUUUUAUUGCCACGGAUACUUACUUUCAUCCCAAGCAAACCCUCUAACAUCCAAUUUUUGCAGAGCAAUUUCAAGCAGACCAGUUGCCAGACAGUCAAAACGGCUUCUCUCGAUCCGCCACCAACGCCGUGGAUUGUUUCGCGCAUGUAUCGACGAGAAAUUGGUGUCAGCGUAGGGUACUCCCAGGAUUUCGGCGCGGUACUUGCUGGCUUUCCCUUCACUAUUCUUUGGUGGGCAGUAUUCAGCAGAAAGGUGCGGAGGAUCAUGCAGCAUCGAUACCUCUCCCGGCACCCUAGGAAAAGCCGGGAACUUGGGUUACUCGCCGAGAGUAUGAAAAUGGAGAGGCCACGACAGGAGUCUCAUUCCAUUCUUUCACCGGAAGAAAGGUCACCUGUUCCCCCGCCAAUAUCUUUUGGUACCGGAAUGGCUGCCGAUUUCGAUUUCAGCUCUCCCUUAUCAGCGCCGCAAUUGGACUUGGGAUUGUCGACAGGAUUGGAAAGACAUUCGAGAGCGGAAGCAGCCAGGCGCAAGAGAUUGAGAACCGCGCAAUCUCCAGCCGAGUAUCAAUUUGACGAGGCAAUACACUCGGUGUACCCCGUGGACGUGACGGGAUUCAUUGAACAAGAGCUGAAGAGCGAUUUGGACACUCAUAAUCUGGCCUUUUGCUGGAAGUGCGAGCCGCAACACACUGACCAAGAUGGGAAGCUAAUAAUACCAGAUCUGGCUGAAGACAUGUUAUGUAGUUCGACACCUGGAGAAAGUCCUUUAUUCUGUCACGACUGUGGCGACUCCCUUUCGCCAUGGUUGAACACGGAAGAUUCCGAAGAAGAAUCACACCAGCCUGUGGUUAUCAAUCUUCGCCAAGUCAUGGAGGAAUGCUUUGACCGAUUGGAUGAAAUUGAGGUGUAUUGCUGGGAGUGUGAGGUCAAUGGACCAAAUUCGUCUCGGAAAUUUGCAGCCACUGGUUCUGAAAGGAUAUUUUCAAACAGGUGCGGGCUUUCAUGUUAUGGGUGUGGCGAUGAGCUUCCGGCACUGGUGAAGGAGGAUGGAAGGGUGGAAUUCCCAGGCGGGAGCAACUUGCGCAAAAGGCGACCGUACUUGCUCUGGAAACGACAUCUUGAGGAAGUGGCCGAAUAG